CUGCUUUUUCCUUUUCUCCGGAAAACAGCAAAGUUCCAACCAUAUUCCCGAAAAAUAUUCCAUUUUACAAUUUUCUCCUUCACCGUUUCCCCCCUCUCCUCCUCCUCCUUUCUCUUUAGUUAUAAAAUGGUGAUGCAUAACCAUUUCCAGCCUAUUUCAGUUAGUUGAUUUUUGUUGCUUUUAUGCUUCAUUUGGCUUAUUGUUUUUCAUGUUGCUACACUACCUCCGGUGGCAUUUUUAAUUAUAUUUGUUAGUUGGUCCAGUCUUGUUUAUAAAUUCUGUAUGUGCGGUGACAAGUAGUAAUCACUUUUGCUAUCAAAUGUCUCUCCUUUGCAAUCUCUUUAUCUUUUCUCUGGAAUUUCUUCCCUAAAUCUAUUUAUCUUAUCUGACUAAUGGGUCUGCAUCAAAUCGGAGUUUCUUUGUUCUUUUUUAACUUCUUCAUUUGGGUUUGAUCGGGAAAGAAAAUACUCAAAUAAGCUUUUUAAAUUUCGAUGCAACAAACAAAAGAAAACAAUCCAUAAUCGGAGGUCAAAUAGAGAGGAUCAAUUAAAGGAAUAGUUUUUUUCCCCUCUUUUUUAAGGAAACGAGGAUAUGAUGAUGGAAAGUGGGAGACAAGAUAGCAUUGCAUAUGGAGACUACAGUUACCGAAUGAAUGAAAAUUAUGGUAAAAUUUCCAAUGACUACAAUGUUUUAGAGAAAGAAAAGAAUCAAAGCUUGCCCUCUUCGUCGUCAUCCGGUGCCGGUUUCAUCACACAUCUCAUUUCCCGGUUCGACACUCUCUCUGUUGUCGCUAUCAAGUACGGACGGCGUUGAGGUAGCUGACAUAAAGAAGAUGAAUGGUCUGGUUACUGAUCGUCAAAUGUUUACUCUUAAGUCACUCCGGAUCCCUUUAACAGGCCAGCAUCCGCCAUCACCAUGCUCGACAAAUGGUUCCGAUACACUGAGGCAAAGCAGUGCCAACAAAACCCCAGCGCAACAUUUGCCUCCUGAAUUGUUCGACUCAUUCCAGUCUUUGAGACUGAAGACAAGUCCUCGAAUGCUCUCCUCAACAAUGAGCUCAUUACAAGGUUACUAUGGCCUUAAAGCAACAGAAAAAAAGAACACGUCUGAAGGUUUUGAGAUGGCAGUAUACAGGAAAGGAGAAGCUCAUCAUCUGGAGGAUGGUCCGUUCCUUAAACCCUCCUCUGCUUCCAACCCUCCCUGGAGCUUCUCCGGAAGUUUAGAAGCAUAA